AUGUCCCUUGUUCCCUACCACGAGCGCGAAGGUCGCGAGAUUGUUCUCCGUCACCACAACGCCAUCGUCGUCCGCGACCCCACCUCGCAGCGUCUCGAGAUCCGCGGCCUCGAACUGACAAAAUGUCCCACCUGCCACCAAAGCCUGCGAACAUCAUCCCCCGAGAGGCGCUUUGAGCCCGCGACGAGCCAUGAAACCUACGUCAAUCCCGAUUACUUCCGCAUGCUGCGCGCCGGCCAGUAUCGACGGAACCACACGCAGCCUCUCCCGCCACCGUCGAGUCCUAUCCGGCGGUUGGUCGAACCGUUUCCGGCCUCGGUGUCUGAUGAAGACGGGAGCGAGCUUGGACGGCAAGACGCCCAGUCUGUGAGGAGCUCACCGGCGCCUCACCAAGGCGGCGGCCGCAUUCGACGAGAGGCGUUCAGCCCGAAUUACUUUAAUACUUUCUUUAUCGAGGAGCGAGAGCUUGGCCGAGGCGGCAAGGGAGUUGUCUUGCUUGUGCGGCACGAGAUUGACGGCUGCUUUCUGGGAGAGUUUGCCUGCAAAAGGGUGCCAGUGGGAGAUGACCACGCCUGGCUUGAAAAGGUGUUGGUAGAGGUUGAGCUGCUUGCGAAGCUCUCCCAUCCCAACCUUGUCUCCUACCGGCACGUCUGGCUUGAGGACUAUCAGACCAGCCAGUUUGCGCCUGUAGUUGCGUGCGCAUUCAUCCUGCAGCAAUACUGCAAUGGCGGCGAUCUGCUGCACUACGUCAUUGGCGACAUGCCGAGGGAGGCCACGAAGGAGCAGCUCAAGGCCCAGAUGCGCCGUCGCUCCAAGGGCCAGACAGAACGUCCCAAGAUGCAGCGUCGCUUGCCCCCUGAGGAGAUUUACUCGCUCUUCAAGGAUAUUACGUCCGGCUUGGCCUAUCUGCAUGCUGCAAACUACAUCCACCGCGACCUGAAACCUAGUAACUGUCUGCUGCAUCGCGAGGGGGCUCAUUUGGCUUGCCUGAUUAGCGACUUUGGGGAAGUCCAACCGGAACAUGCGGUUCGUAAGUCGACCGGUUCGACGGGUACGAUCUCGUACUGCGCGCCGGAGGUUCUCAAAAAGGAUGUUACGGGGAGGUACGGAAACUUUACCACCAAGUCGGACAUCUUUUCGUUGGGGAUGAUUCUGUAUUUCAUGUGCUUUGGCAGGUUGCCCUACCACUUUGCCAACGCGGUGAAUGAGGAGUUGGAGGAUAUCGACCAGCUCCGCGCCGAGAUUACGGACUGGAAGGGGUUUCACGAUGAGCGGAGGGAGCGGCCGGAUCUGCCGCACAAGCUGUAUCAGUUACUUCAGAAGCUUCUGGCGGUUAAUCCGCUCGAGCGGCCUACUGCUAACGAGGUGCUUGGUGCGAUGAAGGGGGAGAUGCCGUUGGAUGGGGUGAACGGGAUGCGUGGGGGGAGGAACAACUCGGACGGGAUGGGGGGGCAUAGGAUUCAGAAUUUGGAGGAGCCGGGUCUGAUGAGGCCGGAGGGGACGAAGCAGGCGAGGGUGAAUUCUCUUACGGAGGAGGAUGAUUUUGCUGCUGUUUCGCAGACGACUUCGGCGGUUUCACUUUUGCAGAAGAGGAUGAUGAGGGCUCCGAGGCAUAGAGGGUCGGGGGGGGAGUUGACUUUGGGGGGCAGGAGGAGUGAGGAUGAUUCGCCGGAGGGGGAGGCGGCGGCGGCGAGCAUUACCACGCCUUUGUUGAUGCCGCCGCCUACUACUACGCUGGAGAGGGUGAAGAAUGGGGCUGUGCUGGCGCAGUGGAGGGUGAGGAGGUGGGAGAGGAGAGAAUGA